UAUUUUUAAAACUGUUUUUAAGUAAUAUUUAUUAUUAGAAUGUCAUGAUUGUUGAUUUAUGAUUGGAUGAUUAGUCUAGAAUUGAAAAUAAUGAGUAAUUUACUGAAAACAUUGAUCAUUGUAGAAUAAAAUUGUGUUAAUUCUUGAAAAAAGUACAGGAUUCGAGGUUAUGAUAAAAAGCUGUGAAAUAUUCCAUCACGUCAGUCGUCAAAGUACAGUUGCGUAAUAACAAUAUACACAAUCAAGCGAUUGUUAAUUUUUGAAACAAAAAUUUAUAUCUAACAUUCCAAACGUCAACAAUCAUUAUCCUAUAAGAGUCAUUAACAAUAAAAGAAGAAAAAUGGUAUCAGAAAAUGUACUUAUUAAUACUGGAAAUGUAUUUGCUAUUGACGAAUUAAAAUUAAAAGCAGGAAGAACAUCAGAUAAAGAACUGAUUGAUGCAUUACAAAUUGUUAUCAAGGAUCCACAAAAGAACACUACAGGUGAAAAUGACAUCAGUGCAGGGGGUGAUGAUAGGAAAGAGUUGAUGUUUACAGUGAAAAUAUUUAUGCCUGAAGCUGAUCCUAAUGUAUUGAGAGAUGCUCUUAAUCAAAUACUCAAAGUACUCCACACAGAAUUCAUAGAAACAGUAAUCCUAGCAUAUGGAGACUUUUCCGACUCCGGUCUCAGAGAUCGGAAAAAAGAAUUACAAUCGCUCCAGCAGUUGUGGUCUGUAAUGGAAGAGUUCUUUAAUGCCGGGAAAGUCUUAUCAGGUGGAGUCAGCAAUGUUGAUACCACAGUGUUUAUGCAAUUAUAUGAAUGGGCAAAUGUCAAACCAACUAUCGUACAAAUAAAUCUACUAAUGUGUUGUGUCGUUCCUCCUACUCUUCAAGCAUUUACGCAAGAACAUGACAUUCAAUUAUUAACUCACAACGAUCCUAAUCAAUUAUUAAAUAGGAAUUCAGUAAUUGAUAUCUUCGGUGCUAAUGCUGAUUUAAAGUGGGUCGCUAAAUAUCAAAAGAUAAUCAAAUGUAGAGGAGUGAUCACUUCAAUGGGAUACCUUGUAAAUAUUUCUAAAUAAUGAGACCAAAUAUUUUAAUUGGCAUUUUUUCCAUUUGCAUUGCAUUAAUUAUAGUUGAGAAUUGACAGUAUAUUUUCGAGUAUUUUUUUAGAUUUUUAUGAAAUAGCAAAAACGAUUUUAGCAUUUUUUAUAAGUAAAGUAGUUUAUUGAGUAUAAAAAUCAUGUUGUUUUAUAGAUAAAGAAUAUUAUUUUAUUAAAAGAAAUGUAAAAAAAUAUUUUGACGCCAUUAAUAAAAUUAUCUGUUACUUAA